AUGCAGUCCUUGGACAUUCAGCGACAGGUGUUUCCGUAUACGGUGAAGAAGAAUGUGAGCCAGGGAGAUAUGGAGACGGAUGUCAUCUUGACUGUCCUCCAAACUGUCAUAUUCGUCCACAGAACUCCCUGCACUGUGACAAAGAAAACGGACGAUGCUAUGAAGGAUGCAAUACGUAGAAAGAAGGGUAUGGAUGAUGCGGAAGUUGGGCAGAGAUUAAUCUCAGCUACAAAUCUGGAUGACAGUCGCCAAGAAGACAACAUCCUGCAUAAAGCCUGCAGAAAAGGGACCCUCGCUCAAGUCAGACAAAUUUUAUCUCAUGAACUGGUGGACAUAAACAGCAGAGGAAGGUGUGGCUGGACACCAGUCAGGAUAGCAGCUGAGGGGGGACGCCGGGAACUAGUUGACCUUCUUGUGAGACAAGGGUGCGACUUGUCACUGACAGAUGAUGACGGUAACACUGUCCUUCACGUGGCUUCUAUCAAAGGACAUUUGAAGAUAGUGAGAUAUAUUCUGUCAAAGAAAACAGUUGAUGUAAACAUUACAGGACACUGUAACAGGACAGCAGUGAUGGCGGCAGCAAGGUUUGGACAUCGGAAAGUGUUUGACGUACUUGUGAGGAACGGAAGUAAUCUUUCAACUGUUGAUUCAGAUGCAAACAACAUCCUUCACAUCGCCUGUAUUGGAGGACAUGUGAAGAUAGUGAAAUAUAUCCUCACCAAUGUCCAAGUUGACAUUAACAGCAAGGGGUACAACGGGAUGACACCUGUGAUGCUUGCUUCAAACUUUGGGCACCAAAGUGUCUUUCAGCUUCUCAUCAAGAAGAAAUGCGUCUUGCGAAUAAUAAAUGAAAACGGUAUGAAUAUCCUUCAUGUCGCAUGUGCAGGAAACAAUGUUGAAAUUGUUAAGUAUAUCCUCAAAGAAAACAUUGCUUCUAUUAACAGUAGAGACAAUACUGGAAAGACACCAGUCAUGCUUGCAGCAGAGUGUGGACAUACAGACGUUUUUAAGCUGCUUCUAAAUAACCAGUGUGACACACAAGUCUAUGAAGAUGGAAACACCAUCCUUCAUACAAGUUGUGCCCUGGGCCAUGUGGACAUAGUAAAGUGUAUUCUGACACAGGGUCUUAUUCAUAUUGACAGUUGUGGACAAAACCAGAUGACACCUGUAAUGCUUGCAGCAAAGAAUGGACAAAGAAACACAUUUGAUUUACUUGUGAAUAACAAAUGUGACAUGAAAAAAUGUGACACAAACGGAAACACCGUCCUUCACAUGGCCUGUAUGGGAGGAAAUGAGGACAUUGUUCAAGCUGUCCUGUCAAAGAAACUUGUUGACAUCAAUAAUAGAGGACAGUCUCAGAGGACGCCAGCAAUGGUGGCGGCCGCAUGUGGACACAAGGACGUGUUUGACUUAAUCGAAAGGAGUGGAGCCGACCUGACUCUUACUGACUGUAAUGGUUUUGGAGUCCUCCAACUGAUCUGCAUGUACGGACACUUACACCUGGUGGAACAUCUUAAAAAAAAGAUUGCAGUUAGUUAAUUUGGUCAAUUUGAACAGUACAGUGCAUGAAAAGUCUGUUGAGGUGUGGUAUCAGCAUAUAACACAAAGUUGCGACUUGCAUGCUCCAGUGUUCUUUCAAAGAAAUCAUCAUACAGGAAUCAUGAACACGGUGCUUGAUAGUUGUAGUGACCAGUGGUAGUUUGAGCAGUAAUGACCAAAUGAAAACUUAAUGUGCCAACAAUAUAUAUGAUGCGCUGUAGUAUGUUCAACGUGAGCUGUUUUUUUGUUUUUUUCAAGUCACUUACAAAUCUAGACAUAAUACAGUCUCAGUAGUAGUUAAGUCCACUUGUACAACGUACAUUUCCGAUCAUUAAAAAUCCGCAAUUCUGCACAUAAUAAACGCAUUGUUAGAUGGA